GAAGGCCUUCCGACGACCGAGAGCCGAGGACGAGCCCCUGCUGAAGCGACCGGGUUGUGAUUUGGACCAUAAGCUCCUGACUUCCUCUUCCGCGGACCUCCGAGAAGCCGGAGAAUGGAGGACCACCCGUACGCGCUGCGCGGAGCUGGCGACUUCGUUGGAGCUCCACCGCCGCCGCCCCCCCCCUCCCAGCCCCCCGGCGGCAGCCACCGGAAUCGACUACGGAGCUGGUGGAGACUACGAUGGAGCUCCUGGCCUCCCUACGGCCAUCAGACGAGCUCCGGCGCCGACUCCGACACCCAGACAUCCGACGCCGGUUCCGCCAGCUCCGCGCGAUCCGCCGACUCCGCCAGGGACUGGCCCGCAGGUAAGUUAUCAGGUUAGUGAUACACUUGUCCCUUUAAACUUACACUUUCACUGCACUGUUUAAAGUACUGUUAUUGGUUUGUAUGGGCACUUUAUUUUAUAUUCUACUGUAAAUGUAAUGUUACAAUUCUUGCACUUUGUUGAUUGUUGAUUGUUUAAUGUUGUCUAAUGUUGCACCACCCGCCAUGACACAUUCCUUGUAUGUGAAAAUAUAGUUUACAAUAGAUAAAUAGAUGGAUAGACAGACCGAGAGACAAUUGAUAGACAGAUAGACGGAUGGAUAGAGCGAUGAACAGAUACCCCAGUCCCCCAGAAACCAGAAGAGUCUCCCAGGAGCAGCAGGAAGAGGAGGAGCCCGACUGCCCGGCAGGACCGAUAAAGUUCCAGACAGCCUUCCCUCGCGCCUGGCGGGGGAAGGCUGGUUGGCCUGGUUCUACUUUUUUAUUUAGGUAUCGAUUGCUGUGACACAGAAGAGUCUACCGGGAUCUCCUUAACGACGACGAAGAAGAUGACGAGGGAGGACCACAUGAGAAGGAUGAAGGACUACAGGACCAGAUGAAGAGCGGCGGUUGCCUUUCUUUUCGUGGGCGGAGGCAGGACUCCUCUGUCUCACGCCCAGCUGGAGGUGGAUGUCAACCAACCCGUCACCUUCAGCAGACCACGACACAAGUCAAUCAGGACCCCCCCCCCGCCCGCCCGUCCACCCAGCCCCCCGACACCGCCCGCCCGUCCACCCAGGAAGCAGCUGUGAAGAAGACGGACACUUCAGCCUGAACGAGACUUAAUAAUCCUUUCAUUUGUCCCAUGGAAUACUCACUAUACGUUCAUGUUAACUGUGUACAGUAUUUAGAUUAUUUCCUGAUUUUAAUAAAUACAUGUACAACA